CUUUUUUUGUUAUUUAUCUGUGGCAAAUUAAACGUCUGCUGUCUGUUCUUCGUGCCGUGCGGCAAAUUGUGAAAAUAAAACAAAAUUUUAUCAUGUUGAGGUUUUAGAUAAUUUUCUAUAAAACACCUCGCAACAAACAUGAGUACUCCUUAUAUUGCUGGUCUGACCACCAAAAAUAUAUUCUUAGUAGACUUCAAAGAGCCGUAUGCAGAGACAAAUUUAAGGGAUGAAACCACUACAAACAUACGUGGUAUUAUAUUUAGUCCUAAAGGAACAUAUUUAGCGUAUAGAACUGAUAAGAAAGUUGAGAUUGUAAGAUGUUCCGACUGGUCAGUAACUGCAACUAUAAAUGGAAAUGUCAAAGAAAUGUUUUUUUCACCCCUGGACAACUACUUUACUAUCUGGGAAAUGUUCAUUAUGACAAAAGAAAACCCUCAGGGCAAGCCUAACCUCCAUGUGUAUAAAUCAGCUGAUGGCCAACUCGUAGGCAGCUUCAUACAAAAAAAUCAAACUGGAUGGGAACCAAAAUGGACAUCAGAUGAGAAGCUGUUUGCUGUGCAGAUGAACAACAGAGUGUUGAUCUAUGAAGAUGGUGUACUGGACAGAUUUGUACAACAAAUGCAGGCGGAGAAACUGAAGUGUUUCAGUGUCUCCCCUAGCGCCGCUCCUGUGUAUUAUUUUUCUGCAUUUACUUUAGGUAAAGCAGGCCAGCCAUCAUUUUGGCGUGUAUUCAAAUACCCUGAGUUUGAUCAGGCCCAGGCUGUGGUCAGCCGGUCCUCGUUCCAGGCUGACAAAGCUACAUUUUACUGGAAUCGGCGUGGUACCAAUGUUUUCGCGAUGACGCAAACUGAUGUGGACAAAACAGGUGGUUCUUACUAUGGAAAGCAAUCACUUUCUUAUGGAGAUGUUAAAGGCAAUUCUGAAAAUGUGACAUUCAGUAAGGAGGGUCCGAUACACUCCAUAGCGUGGAACCCGGGCAACUCUAACGAAUGGAUGGCGGUGUAUGGACACGCGCCCGCUAAAGCUACGCUCUUCAAUGUUAAGUGCGAACCUCUGUUCGAAUUCGGCACGGGAUCUUGGAACUCCAUAUACUUCCCUCCUGAAGGAAAUCGCGUGCUGUUGGGUGGCUUCGGUAACAUAGCGUCUGGCCACAUUGAGGUGUGGGAGCUCCGCGGGUACAAGAAGGUGGGGUCCUGCGCGGCCCCCGACACCACCAGCCUCAUGUGGGACCCCCGCGCCGAGACCUUCGUCACCGCCACCACCUACCCCAGGCUUACUGUCGGCAAUGGUUACAAGAUCUGGCACUACACCUGCGCUCUAAUGCACAAGCGCCAGUGUGCUGAGAAGGAGAACCUCUUGGCUAUCAGCUGGCAGCCAGGCAACUUCCCAAAGAGUGAGCUCUCUAAGAUAGUGCCCAAGUCCAUUGAAGACGCCACGCCGAAGCCAGUGGCUGCGUACAGGCCGCCCGGCGCUAAGAACAGACCUUCGACCUUCACGUUACAUGAGCAGGAGAAGCCACAUAGACCUGGAGAAACGCCUAGUGCGGCACCAUCGAAGCAGGCGAUCAAGCAGAAAGAAAAACGUGAGGCUCGUAAGGCGCGCAAGGCUGAAGAAAAAGCUAGCGGAGACACCACUUCCCCUCCCGCCCCUGCCACCACUCCCCGCGCACCGUUCAUCUCUACAGGAGACCCCGAAAAGGACAAGAAGAUAAAAAAUCUCAACAAGAAAUUGAGCGACAUAGAGAAGUUGAAGCAACAAAAAGCGGCCGGGAAGCAGUUGGAACUGAACCAACUGGCGAAGAUCGAGCAGGAGGCUGCGCUGCUGCAGGAACUCGCUCAGCUUCGGUUAUGAUCGGCCCCGCUCGUCAAACACGGACCCGAUUACGAACAGAACACCUCCAGUCUAGUGUUAAGGACAGCUCUAUACUUGAUCCAGUCUAGUGGGACAGGUGACCUACAUACAUACAGUUAUCAAACAAACGUAUUUGUUGACAAUCGCAAAGAUAUUUUGUAUAAUAAACCUGUUCCACGAGAAUGUUUCAUUGAUUGUUAAUUUAAUAAAAAGACUUAUGAGAUAAGCUAUAAAUACGACGUGUAAACGCACGUCAUAACUAUUGAAAUAUAUGCGUUUUGUGUUACUAUUUUUGUAUUAAAUAAUGCUGCGUUGAAUCGUUUGCAUAAUAUAAGAUUUGAAUGAAGUGUAUCUAUUUACUUACGUAUGUAAACCGGACUGAUACCUCAAUGUACCGAAUAUUAUUGUUCCGACUGUCCGCGAGUGCAGUCACGUACAAAAGCUAUAUUUUUCACUUAAAUCUGUUAAUAAAUUAUAAGAAGUAUCUAAUACAUUUAUUUUGACAUGUUGAAAGCUAUAAGAUAAGUGUUCAGUGACAUCAAUACAAGUGAUUGUUGAUUUGUUAUACGUAUAAACAUUAGUUUUGAAUAAAAACAUCAAUCUGGUUACUAUAUUUUGUAA